AUGAGUAAACGACUAAAAAUCACUCCAAACAAUCUAGUUGGGCUUUUCUUGAUUGUCUUAUGCUUGCUCCAGAUAUCAUUUCAAAGUCUGGAUCCAGUCAAUCAACCAGCUGAUUCUUUUAAUUCCGAUCAUUUUACUCUAGAUAACGGCCUAAAGUGCCUUACUAUUACAUAUCCUAAGAGCCAGGCCAUUCAUAUUAGUAUUGCUAUCAAGAAACAACAAUCAUCUACAUCAAUCAGUGACAAAUGCCUUAGUUUCAUUUUACAAGCACUGAUCAAAUAUAAGCUAAACCCGGCCAACAAUUACGGGAAAUACCAAGAAUUCCUAGCUAAACCCAACAUAUAUGACAUCACUGAUAGCGGUCAUUUCAUUAUCAUUGGGUUUUCCUUAAAUGACCCCCAAUGUCCAAUACCAUUUGAAAUCUUACAAAGAGUUAUUGUUCCCCGACCCAGCUUAGAUGUAAUUAAGCAAGUCAAAAACCAAGUCGAUUUAAACCUUCUGCCCAUUACACCUGCCGAUUACCCUGCCGAAGCCAACAUCGCCAAGAAAUGGACUGAGAUGUUCUCUUUUCCAAACAUUCGGCUUGCAAUUGCUACACCUAGCCAACCACUAGCUAUAGUCGAUUUACUAAAGACCCAGUUUUCCUGUCCCAAGCAACCAAACCAAGCUCCUAUAAUGUAUUCCCCUGAUGAUAUCACUCCAGAAUUCCUUAACAACCGCCCGCGGUUACUAAUACAGCCUAAGAUCCCUAAUUCCUUAACCCCAACUGAAAAAACAACAUUCACUGUUUUUGUUCCACUUCUCAAUGAUAUUCGCAACCAAACUGUGCACCCUCUAUCCAGCCUACACUGUCUAUUCCAUCUCAGCUAUAAAAUCUACACCAAGCAUUUCGAAACACGCCCAGAUAAGAUUAUUUGCAUCAAGAACAUAUCUUUGGCCACCCUAGGCACUAGACUGGGUCUGCACGUCAUCAUAGAAGAAGAUUGCACUGGGCAAAUAGAAAUUACUGAGGCUCUAGAUCUAGUGGAAGGCUUAUGUUUAGCCAUCAAGAUGGCUUAUAAGGACCCAGACUCGAAUUUAUACCAGGUCUACCAACAAGAGACAUCCCUCGCCCCCAGUCCAAUCCCAAACAUGCCAUCAUUUUUCCUUGCCAACCUAGCAUCAGUCCACAUGUUCUUCGUUGAACCAUCUGACAUCAUUAAUUUUGUCUUCACCCCAACAUCUCAACCCCAGGAGAUUCACAAUCUAGACGAUAUGCUUAAAAAGGCAAUACAACGAGAGAAUUGGUACAUCAACGGCGAUCUCACCUACACUCAUUGGCAACAAUUGGCAGGGCAACCACUCGCCAGGCCGCUCAUUAUCCCAAUACCCCAAGCAACAAGAGCUAGCAAGCAAAUCAAAAACAUCAUAUUACGUAGCAGCCUAGAAGCUCGGCCGAAACGAGUCCGAGCCACUUUAUCUAAAAAACAACCCAGAACCUCCAAUUUCAACACCAGCGUCCAAUCACAGGGCGACACUCCAGGUCCUCAACAAAACCAACGGCCACGACCAGUCCUAGAAACCAUGCCAUUCAUUAUGCCCACACCAUCCACUAAUCCCCAACAAGCCGAACCCGGUACAUAUCCUGAUAACCUGUUAAAUCUCAACUCCACGGGCCUCCCACCCAUCCUGACAAGUAUCGGCAAACAUAAUGUGCCCGGUCUUGAGGCGCAUAUUUUCAAAAGCUCUCAAUAUACAACGCAGGCGGCCAUUGCUGUUGUGCUCAUUACCAACGACUACCUUGCUAAUAUUAAAACCUACAUCUGGCAUGUUGCGCACGUACUAACAGUAUUAGACAUGGUCAAAGCCCACUAUUGGCAGACUAUCAUGCUUAACAAACUGUUUAUUGACGCCGAAGCCAAUGACCGUGGCCGAAUCACUAUCACUAUUCGUACAUCGGACACAGCAAUUAAGGAUGUACUUCAACUGUUCCUUUCAUACUACAAAAACGCCAGUAUCAAUCCUACUCAGGAAGUCACUGCCAUGCUUAAAGCAUACAACUUCUUUGCGAACGCAGCCAUACAAACACCACCAACUCUACAACAAUGCUUAUUCGCUCGUAUCUGGCGACUACACCUAUACACACCUAAUGAGUGUUGUAAAGCUAUCUUGGAAAAGAAAGCGUCCUUUAAUAGCCCCAUCGUUACCACAGCACAAGUCAAUAUAAGAGUAGAAGACGCCUCACUUGAUACCUUCCAUCAAAUCAUUAAUACAGUCACAAGUUACAUCACACCCCAGGCAAUCACUAAAUACCAGGCAAUUCGUAACUACGACACAGAGAUCUAUAUGUCCUUAGAGCCUGAGCUGAUGUCUGCUUUCGUUGGAUAUUUCCAUAUCGAUCCGGCCAAUACCCUAGACCGAACAAACUACCACAUUCUAGCAUACUAUUUGUUACUAGCCCAAUUUCCACCCAAAAGUCUCGCCGACCAUCCCAAUCCCGAGGAAAUAGAAUAUUGGAUAAACACCCAGGCCCCCACGCCACCCUCCAGCACAUCAGCCGCAUCCCCUCCAAGGUUCUUCAACCUAAGCUUUGAUGUAGACAUCCUCAGGAAUCUCGAGUAUUCCAUUACUAUCUUAGAUGAGACUAUUGCUUUGAAUCUUAUUUUAAAAGGACAAUACACUGCUGCUGCUUUCUUAAACUCGUAUAUAAACUAUAAGUCCUACCUAACGUGGGCCAUUGAUCAGAUUACACCAAAACAGUUUGAGGAGUACAAAAACCUAGCACUAGUUAGGUUUAUGCACAUCACUAAUAGCAAAAGCCCAUCCGCAAAAAGAUCUUGGCUUCUCAGUUGUAGCGACUUUUGGCAAGAACCCCACUACCAAAGAAAGUUCAUAGAAACCCUCAACCAAAUAACUUUAGCUGAUUUCCAGUCCUUCUUCACCGACCACUGUCAACAUCCUCACAUCGUUAUAUAUCAAGGCGUCCCAGACCAACUAUCCCAAGAACCACCUCAACUACCCCCAUUACAUUCCCAACUACCAAUGCAAUAUCAGCAACAGCUACUACUAUUACAACAACAACAACUAUUACAACAAAUGGAAUUGCAACCCCACCAAUUACAACAACUAGCACAACAGCUACAACAGCAGCAGCAACAACUAUUACAACAAAUGGCAUUGCAACCCCACCAACUACAACAACUAGCACAGCAACUACAACAACAGCAGCAACAACUAUUGCAACAAAUAUCAUCGAAUCCCCAACUACAACAACUACAACAGCAGUUAUUGCAACAGCAACUAUUAUCGCAACAAAUAUCAUCGAAUCCCCAACUACAACAACUACAACAGCAGUUAUUGCAACAGCAACUAUUAUCGCAACCACAACCACCACAAAACCAGCCCACUACCUCUAACCAAUCAUUACCACCACAACCCAAACCUAGACCUACAUCAAAGCGAAAACAACACCGACCCAGGUUUAUACCUCAAGAAGAACAAUCCACCACCCCAGAUGAACUCGACUUCAGCCCUCCCAACAAACAACCCAAACAGAGCAAUCCAUCCCUACAAUAA